GAUCCCCGCGGCAAUGGUUUAACCUAAUGCUCCCAGUAUAUGUCCCUAAUUUUGUUCCCUAAUAUCUUCUUCUUCAAUCUCAGUUUUUUUCCGAUCGAAUGGCGUCUAGUCUUCUUCAAUCUGUUCGAAGCAAACCCGCACAGGAUGAUGAUAUGAUAAGCCAACUCCCAGACGAUUUGAAGCACAGAAUUCUGGAGUUUCUGGACACUCGAGAAGCCGCGAGAAUCGCUCUGCUCUCAAAAGAAUGGAAGGGCGUCUGGUUGAGCCACGGGCGCCUCGUCUUCGAUUGGGACUUCACAGAAGCCGCUAAUGGAGCGGCUUUUGUGAAAAUGGUAAGCCAAACUCUCACGCUCCGUUCAGGGCCUGUUAAUGAAUUUACUCUUGUAAUCCGAGAAUCUGGUUUUGAGCCAACACAGUCUGAUUUAGGACUGUGGUGUGGUUAUCUGUCAAGAAAUGGCAUUGUGAAACUUGACCUCCUCCGCACAACCGAUGAUGCUCAGCCUAAGUAUAAACUGCCAGAUUGUAUAUUUUCCUGCCCAACAAUUAAACAUCUGACACUUUAUAGUUUCACUAUUGAUUUUCCGGAUAAUGCUAGAUUUGGUAGUGUAUUUUCUUGCCUUACCUCUUUAGUGUUGGUUGACUGUGUAGUCUCUAUGCCUCUUGCCAAUGGAACUGCCCCUAGUUUCCCUAAUCUUGAGAAGCUGGUUUUCCAUAACUGUGUUCAUAUUGAAAAUCUUUUGACAAGUGUUCGAAAGCUGAAAUUCCUCGGUGCGUGGGAUCAGCGAGUUGGGAUAGACUGGGAAUGGUUCAAGUCCCGUUUUCAAGUAGUAAGGGCUCUAUGCAUAGCAGCCAAACUUCUUUUGUUUAAAAAUGCAGGUGUGGCUAAACCUUCCUUCCCAACUGCUUUGAAUCUCAGAGCACUUCGGCUGUAUAACUUCAGCUUUGCUGAGGAGACCUUCAAUGCUUCUAUUCAACUGCUUAAACAAUGCCCAAAUCUGCAUGUACUGAAAAUGACACUAGAAGUUGAGCCGCCAUCUCACGUGCAUGCAGGAGAAACUAUUUCAAGAAUGCUGGAAAAUCCAAGCAGUUUGCUAAAUGAUCACGGUUUGUGCGAGCUUGGAAUUGUGGAGAUAGGACCAUUCGCGGGAUCAAGACAAGAAAUGGUAUUUGUGAAAGCAAUCCUUUCAAAAACCCCCGCACUUGUGAGACUUAUUAUCAAGGAAUCAUACCACUUUGAAUGAUGAUGCUGAAGCUCUCAAAUUGUCACGGGAGUUGCUCUCCUUCCCUCGCGCAUCUCCAAAAGCACAAGUUGUUUUCCUGGACGCUAAGAGCAUUGGCAAUGGCAAGUAAAAAAUGGAAUGCCACACGGUGACCUGGAGCAUUUCAACCAAUCAAAAAGAGUCCAGCCACCGUGUGGCAUGUCAUGCAGUAGCAAGUAAUUAUUUUUGUCAUUUUUUACACUUUUGUGACAUAUUUUAAUUAUAAAAUUUUUUUACUUAUCUUUUUUUCAUAAAAAUAUAUGCACUUCAUUUAA